CGGCCGAUACAGGAGCAGGACUGUCAAUCAUACAGCAUCUCCCUCCAGUUGAGAGUGCAGCGAUAGAGACGUACGGUGGAGCGCCGGACACUCUGCGAUCAUCGGCAUCUCUCAGAAAAAUAAAAGCAAGAUACGCUUUGAAUCAUGGCAACCAUAACGUGCACCAGAUUCACCGAGGAAUACCAGAUGUUCGAAGAAUUGGGCAAGGGUGCAUUUUCUGUGGUGAGACGCUGCGUCAAGGUGCUGUCUGGACAGGAAUACGCUGCUAAAAUCAUCAAUACCAAGAAGCUCUCUGCCAGAGAUCACCAAAAACUUGAGAGAGAGGCUCGUAUCUGCAGGCUUUUGAAGCACCCAAAUAUUGUGAGACUCCAUGACAGCAUUUCUGAAGAGGGGCACCACUACCUUGUCUUUGAUUUAGUCACAGGAGGAGAACUUUUUGAAGAUAUUGUCGCCAGAGAGUACUACAGUGAAGCUGAUGCCAGCCACUGCAUUCAACAAAUCCUCGAGGCAGUUCUUCACUGUCACCAGAUGGGAGUCGUCCAUCGAGAUCUGAAGCCUGAAAACCUCUUACUGGCAUCCAAGACAAAAGGAGCUGCUGUGAAGUUGGCCGAUUUUGGACUGGCGAUUGAGGUGGAAGGGGACCAACAAGCAUGGUUUGGUUUCGCCGGAACUCCUGGCUAUCUGUCUCCAGAGGUGCUAAGGAAAGAUCCGUAUGGAAAACCAGUGGACCUGUGGGCCUGCGGUGUCAUUUUAUAUAUCCUCCUUGUUGGAUAUCCACCAUUUUGGGAUGAGGAUCAGCAUCGACUGUACCAACAGAUCAAAGCCGGCGCCUAUGAUUUUCCCUCACCCGAGUGGGACACUGUCACUCCUGAGGCCAAAGACCUCAUCAACAAGAUGCUCACAAUAAACCCCGCUAAGCGGAUCACAGCGGCGGAGGCCCUCAAACACCCCUGGAUAUCGCAUCGCUCAACUGUGGCCUCAUGCAUGCACAGACAGGAGACUGUGGACUGCCUGAAAAAGUUCAACGCAAGAAGAAAACUCAAGGGGGCAAUUCUUACCACAAUGCUGGCUACAAGAAACUUUUCAGGGGGUAAGAGCGUGGCCAACAAGAAGAAUGAUGGUGUUAAGGAAUCAUCUGAAAGCACUAACACCACCAUCGAGGAUGAGGACACCAAAGUGAGGAAACAAGAGAUAAUUAAAGUGACGGAACAACUUAUUGAAGCCAUCAGCAAUGGAGACUUUGAGAGUUACACGAAGAUGUGCGACCCCAGCAUCACCGCCUUUGAGCCAGAAGCACUGGGGAACCUCGUGGAGGGUCUUGACUUUCACCGAUUUUAUUUCGAAAACUUGUGGUCAAAGAACAGCAAGCCUGUCCACACCACAAUCCUGAACCCUCACAUCCACCUGAUUGGUGAAGAGGCCGCCUGCAUUGCCUACAUUCGCAUCACCCAGUACAUCGACUGCAACGGAAUGCCACGCACAGCCCAGUCGGAGGAGACCCGCAUCUGGCACCGUCGGGAUGGCAAGUGGCAGAUUGUUCAUUUCCAUCGCUCUGGCACAUCUUCAGGAAUUGCCAAGUAAGGCUUUCUUGAACCUGAGUCCCAAAUUUUGAACAAUGAACUAUCAAGACUUUUUCAUGAAGUCUGAAGUCAGCUUUCCAUAUAGGAACUGUCUGCUUGCAGGAUCACCAGGAGGCGGGAAGUUCUUUGCAUUUUCAUAUCUACUUGAAUCCUGUUUACACUUCCGCUGAAUCAACAUGAAUGGCAUCAGUUCUAUACAUAUAUAAAUAUUUAUACAUACGUCAUAUCUAUUUUCACGUUUUGCGUUUCGUCUGUUUGUAAAAGCAUGAAAAGAAGAGUAUUGAAAAAUGUUGAAAUAUUUUAUACGUUUAAUAACAUUGAGUUUGAAGUUACUGUUUGCCAUAAAAAAAGUAUUUAUGACUUAAAGCUGCGGUAAUCUUACACAAUUAUUUUGAAAUAUAAAGUUUGUGAAGAAGUCGAACUUUACAUAGCUGCAGUUGGACAGCACUGUUCUAUGAUAAAAUCUGCGGCUCAAUUUGAUGUUGCAAAUGAGUGCACGUCGGCAAAUGGAAGGCGAAAAUGUUAAGUCAGUAGUAGCCACCCUAACACAAGUCUUAGAUAGAUAGAUAGAUAGAUAGAUAGAUAGAUAGAUAGAUAGAUAGAUAGAU